UGGAAAAAUUAUUUUCAUUGCAGAUUGACUUGCCCACCAUAGCCACCACCUUAGGAGUCUUUUGGUGAAAAGUAUUUGACCUUCCGAGAACCAAGGUAAAAAUGCUGUCGUCACAUCCUAUCAAGAAGGCCUCUUUGGGCAACUUGUUCAAGUUGAACUUUGAAGGAGACCUUGGAAUCCCAAGGAAUGAAUUUAUGUCCGAUGAAAUGCCCAAGAUCGAAGAUCUACAUCCCAAGGUACGACAUUGGCUGGAAUACUGUAUUAACUUGUGUCAACCUGAUCGAGUUCAUAUGUGUGAUGGCUCUGAAGAGGAAGACCUUGCACUACGUGAGUACUUGAGGAAGGAGCACAUGGUGGAAGAUCUUCCCAAGAUGAAAAAUUGCAUCCUGGCAACUACAGAUCCAAGGGAUGUGGCUCGUGUGGAGGCACAGACAUUCAUCUCAACAGAGAACGAGCGAGAGACACAUCCAAUUUUGAAGAAGGGUGUGAAGGGAAAGCUUGGAAACUGGAUUUCCCCAAUUGACUACACUGAUGAAAAGAAUGAAAGGUUUCCUGGAUGCAUGAGGGGGCGUACCAUGUACAUUAUCCCAUUCAGCAUGGGAGUACUGGGCUCACCCUUGGCCAAGGUUGGAAUCCAAAUCACAGAUUCUGCUUACGUGGUGUGCUCCAUGCGCAUCAUGACUCGCAUGGGACAUGAUGCCCUUGACUGGAUUGACCACCAUGGUGGGUAUUUUGUGAAAUGCCUCCACUCAGUGGGACAGCCGUUGCCAAUGGCCGAGGCUCCCAUCUCCAACUGGCCAUGCAACCCAGAGGAAGUCAUGAUCCUCCACCGGCCAUACAACCGUGAAAUAGUCUCGUUUGGCAGUGGCUAUGGUGGGAAUUCGUUGCUGGGCAAGAAAUGCUUCGCUCUCCGCAUUGGCUGCACCAUUGGACGCGAUGAAGGCUGGCUUGCAGAACACAUGCUGAUUGUUGGUGUGACACCUCCAAAUGGGAAGAAGCAUUACAUUGCAGCAGCUUUCCCAAGCCAGUGUGGCAAGACAAACUUGGCCAUGAUGAGUGCUGAGCUGCCUGGCUACAAGAUUGAGUGCGUGGGAGAUGAUAUUGCUUGGAUGAAAUGGGAUGAGAAAGGCCAACUCAGAGGAAUCAAUCCUGAGAAUGGAUUUUUUGGCGUUGCUCCAGGGACAUCACACAAGACAAAUCCAAAUGCCAUGGAGGUCUUGAAGGAGAACACCAUAUUCACAAAUGUUGGUCGCACCAGUGAUGGUGGAGUCUUUUGGGAGGGCCUGGAGGAUGAGAUGGAUCUUGAGAAAUUGGAGAACAAGUUCCUCUGGCCAGGCUUUGGCCAGAACCUGAGAGUGUUGGACUGGGUCCUGCGUCGCCUGGAAGGAGAAGAUUGCGCUGUGCCGAGCCCCAUUGGCCUCCUCCCGAAGCCUGGCUCCGUCAACGUUGAAGGGUUGAACCCCAAGCCCAAUAUGGAUGAAUUGUUCUCCCUUCCCAAGGACUUCUGGGAAGCUGAGGUCCAAGAGUUGCGCAAGUACUUUAAGGAGCAAGUCGGAGAUGACUUCCCACUUCAGAUGUGGAAUGAGCUCGACGCUCUCGAGAAGCGCGUCCAGAAUAUGUAAAUCGACAGGGAAAAUCGAGGAGGAAUUUUACUGUCGUCUGCACCCAUAUAGGCUAGCUCUUCGUAGUUCGUAGGCACUAUGCCGAAAAAAUUCAUGUGCAUGCAUUUGUGUGACUGUCAUUGCUCGAAAUGGGACUUUUUUCUCAUGGGGGUUAUAGGCCCCUUUCAUGUCUCCUCCCCUCCCUAUACAUAAUGUGAAGCCUUCGUAUGUGUUGCCAUGUUUUUUGGUUGUUUCAGGUGGUUUUUUUAAUUUUUUUUUUUGCCCAUGCCGAAAGUGAGUCUUGGCAGAGUGGCAUCCUGCCCCCAUUUCGAGCACUGGGCUCGGUGAUAUCUCUUUCUCUCUUACGCCAAUCAAAAGAAUUUACGUAUCUUUAGAAUCUCUAUCUAGUUUUUAUUUGAAGCAGUAUUAUUGCAUUGUUUUUGGUGCAUUCAGUCGAUACGGUGCAAUAGAGACACACUUGUGAUAGCAUUUUCUCGGCAUUUUUCAUAGCGUCAGAUCUGUUGCAUUUUUCCGCGCUGCGAGACCUGCAUCGCGGUCUUUGUGUGCGUUUCGUCAGGAGCAUAGUUUCGGUAGCCGUUGCUGUUGGGGUCCUCGCGCAAGUCUCGCAGUGCCGCUCGGCAUUUACCAGUCACGAGGUGCCCUGCAGUCUAUUCUGGUUCUGGUGUGCACGUCUUUGUCUCUCGAGCAUCACUCAAAUAUACGUUUGGAGUUGCAUGUCCCAA